UUGGCACGCCUGUAAUUUAUCCUUCUGUUUAUAAGCUUCUCGAAAGUGACUUGUGUUUCUGAAUUUAUUUCAGAAAUCUGAAAUCAUCUGAUUAUUCCGUGAAGGGAAUAAUAAAUUGAGGAAAUUAUUAUUUUCCUCGAUAUUCGUCGCGCCUAAAAAUUUAGUUAGUCCAAGAAAUAACCAUGCCACGUGAAUUGACAGAAAUUAAGGAAUUCCUCCUCACAGCAAGAAGGAAGGACGCCAAAUCUGUUAAGAUAAAGAAGAACACAGAAAACACCAAAUUCAAAGUACGUUGCUCCAGGUUUCUGUAUACUUUGGUGAUUACAGAUAAGGAGAAGGCAGAAAAACUAAAACAAUCACUUCCUCCAGGUCUCCAAGUUAAGGAAGUUAAGUAAAUGACUAUAAUGUAGAAAUAAAAAUUUUUUGUUAA